CCCACAUGUAUUUCAUCAUCACUGUAUUCAGCUGCUGAAGAGAGAAUCUCCCUGAGUUUGCUCUGCAACAGAAUUUGACCUCGGGUGCAGGAGGUGGUGUUUUUCACAAUGAGGUUUCUGAUCUCACUGUCGCUACUUCUGAUUAAUGGUGAAAUAAUUAUUGGACAAACUUUAGAUCCUACAACUUCCAGCUUUGAUCCAUGCUAUGGUUAUAAAAUUCUUGACGACUUCUGGAGAGACCUACGACAAAGCUCAUAUCAAUACUUUGGACAGGAUGACACCCUUGUUGAAUGGAGUGGCUGGUAUCGGCUGUAUCUGAAUGGAGAAAGUGCCCAGAUGUCUGAGUGGUGUGUGAGUCAUAUGGGAUGUGGUGGUGAAACUGGACUGUAUCUCAACGGCUCUCAUCCAACACUUGAAGAUGGAGUGGUGACCCGUGAAGUUUUGGGAACUUAUUUAUGGUGGUGGUGGUUGUCUUCUAAGAGUGAGAGCUACAGUUCCACACCCAUUCGAGUUAAAGCCUGUCCAGGAAAUUAUUAUGUCUAUGAGAUUGUCAAACCCAACGCAUCAAUCCCCAGGCCAACAUACUGUGCAGUUGCUUUCAGCAGCAUCAGCAGUGAUCCCUGCUACAACUAUCAGUAUCUGGAUCGUCCCUGGAGAGCCACCAAUGAAAGUGGAGAUUUCAUUUGUGAUGAAACAUUUGCCUGGGGUGGCUGGUACCGGCUUUUCUACUAUGGAAUGAACAUCCAGAUGUCAGAGACCUGUGUUAGUUCAACAUCCUGUAACGCAGGCAUCAGUCUGUCACUCAAUGGUCCUCAUCCUCAGAUAGAGGAUGGUGUGGUGAUCAGAGAGGUCUGUGGAGAGGCUUAUUUGAAAGGCUGCUGUCUUUACAAGUCAAAACCCAUCAGAGUGAAAGCGUGUCCAGGCAAUUAUUACGUCUAUGAACUUGCGAAUCCAAUAUUUGGUUGUUCAGGAUACUGCACAGAUGUCAACACAAUUUCACAGGCAGUUUCUACUGAAAGUCCAGAUAUAAUCACUGGAUCUAGCAUCACAUUAAAUUAUGACCCAUGCAAUAACUACAACGUACUUGAUCACCACAUGAGAAGCACACUCCUCCACUGGCAUAUGUUUGGAUUUGGAAGUGCAUUAGAUGACAUUCUUGCAGAGUGGGAUGGCUGGUAUCGGUUCUUCACGAAUGGCUUGAGUACUGAGAUUCCUGAGUGGUGUGUGUCUUUUAUGUCUUGUGGAGGUUUUAGUGGUCUGUGGCUUGGUGGCUCUCAUCCUCAGCUAGAAGAUGGAGUUGUUACUCGUGAAAUUUACGGCUCUCGCUAUGAUCAGUGCAAUUACUACAGAUCCGACCCAAUCCAAGUCAAAGCUUGUCCUGGAAAUUAUUUUGUCUACAAAUUUACCAGACCAACAGUUUCAAUCCCGGGUCCUAGAUAUUGUACAGUAUCUUUCACCACUCCAAGUGUCGACCCCUGCUACACCUACACCAGUCUGGAUGAACCUUGGAGAGCCACAGACUAUUCUUCCAUUGUCAUGUGUGAUUAUAAUGUGGAGUGGAAUGGCUGGUACAGGCUGUUCUACAAUGGUCAAAAUGCUCAGAUGCCAGAAUCAUGUGUUAAUCAAGGCAUGUGUGGCACUUAUUCCCCACUGUGGCUCAAUGACACACACCCAGAGCUGGAAGAUGGAGUGAUCAUUCGUCAGGUCUGUGCUUCCACAUGGAGUGGUUGCUGUGGUUACACAUCCCACCCUAUAAGAGUCAAAGCCUGUCCAGGAAAUUACUAUGUUUAUGAGUUUGUCAAGCCAAUGUUUUGCUCAGUUUACUGUGUAGAUAUCACAGGUCUUAAUGAAACAUCUACAACAACAGAGACCAUCCCAACCAUAGAUUCCAUUACUCCACGCAUCACUAACAAUGAUUUGGAAGAUUGCUGUUCUGAGCUCAACUGCUCUGAGGAUGAAUGGUGUGGGAAGAAAAAUGGUGUUUAUGGCUGUAUGUGUAAUGACAACCUACCCAGACCACAACCCAACUCUUUUGGUUUCUCAGAAACCUGUGAACGCAGCUCUGGCUCCAUGUCUGUGUCUCGCUGUCAGCUCUUUGAGGCUGGUUUUCCAGCAGACGUCUUACACCUCAAUGAUCCCAGCUGCAAAGGAACGGUCCGGAAUGGCAGAGUGGAAUUCCAUUUUGAUAACGAUGAACACAUCUGUGGCACAAAUCUUGUGGCCAACGGCACCCACAUCAUCUACAGUAACUUUAUUCUGGGGACACCGAGGUCAGAAGGUCUCAUCAGCAGAGAGAAAAUCCUUAAGCUUUCUUUCAGCUGCGUUUAUCCUCAAACACAAUCACUUUCCAUGAAUGUGGAAAUCAACCCACUGGAGACCAUUGUGCACAAGAUCCUCCCCUCUGGUGAAGGCAGAUAUCAGGUUCGGAUGACUCCAUAUGAGGAUGAUGAGUUUACCCGGCCCUUCACUGGUAGAGUGGAUGCAGAGCUCGAGCAGAAGAUGAAUGUGGAAGUUCGUGUUGAGGGGGUUGACAGCCGUCAGUUUGCCCUGGUGAUGGACACGUGUUGGGCUACACCUGUGAAUGAUCCUGAUUACAGUCUCCGCUGGGAUCUCAUCGUCACAGAGUGUCCCAAUCCAAAUGAUGACUCAGUGGAGCUGCUGCAGAACGGCGUCUCGACAUCCAGCCGUUUCUCCUUCAGGAUGUUCAUCUUCACUGAAAACUCCACUAAGCUUUACCUGCACUGUGCUGUUCACCUUUGCCUUCUGUCGAGCACUCGCUGCUCAACGGACUGUAACUCUGGACAUCACUGGAGAGAGCACAGGUCUCUGGACUUCCAUGACAGUGCUUCCAUAUCCAUGGGUCCUCUGAUGUGGUCUGAAGGGAACACAGAUAAGUGGGUCCCAGAGCAAGUGAAGGUAUCUGAGGCUUCUUGUCUGUGUGCUUCUCUGAUGCUGUUACUUGUUCCUCUGAUGAGUGUCCUGACCCUCAUUUAAUUAAUUUCCAAAGUUGCAACACUGUACAUGCAUUUUACCUUUUACAUGCAUUAAUUUCUGCAGAACUGAUGCCACGCUGGUUUUGGGUUCCUUUAUUUCAUUACCGUUAUUUUAUGUUCUGAGUGAAUUCUAAUCAAUCAAUUUUAUGUUCAAAUCAUGCAAAAACAUAAUUCCUGUUGUGUUCCUUUUUCAGUUCUUUAACUUUUAAAAAAUGGAUUAUGUGGUAAGGAAAGGCUUCUAUAAAAUGCUGACUUUCACACUAAUGAAAAUAAAAUAUGUGAUAUGAUAGUAGAGAUCUAAUAUUACUUUCUUUUCUUGAAUUAUGCUUAGUAUCUUAUCCAGGCAUUUAGUGUAAAGCAAGUAUAAAAACGUUCUGAAUGAUCCAAAGGGUAAAUGAGUAAAAAAAGUUUGAUGGUUGGCCUCAUAGUAUUUUUUCUUUUGUCAGUACAAUGGUUUACUUUUGUCUGUCAGUUAAAUUAUGAGAAAGAUUAAUGAUCAUCAUAGUGCUAUUUUACUUUCAACUCUGACAGCUAUGAUGAAUGUACUGGUUCAAUUGUUCUUCUUUAGAAGGCAAGGUGGGGUGAGGGUUGAGUCAGUGGUCAUAGUAUCAAAAAUGUUCCAAUAUUGCUCUAGUUGUUAGUUAGUCAUGACACUGAGUUUGUUUAGUGAAGAAUUAGAGACAGUUUGUCCUCUGUAGCGUGUCUCCUCUAUUCAUGAGGUUUGAGCUUCACUGAGAGCCUAAUAAUUUUCAGGUUUUGUGCUUUACAUUUGUAGAAGAGUUUCUGUUUAUCUCUAUCCAUGGUUAGGUUAUUCUAGGGAAUCUUGACCAACUGCAUUUGCAACAAGUACUGGAAAAAUCAUCUGACGACUGCAAUUUGGUAACAUGAGAUAAGAAUCUAUCAUGUGGAAUCCAUUCUGGUGUUUUCUUUCUGAAAACAACAACAACAAAAGUAAACCUGAUUAUCAGGUUUGACUACACACACAAGGAAAUACACAUGACACAUGAAAAAGCAUUUAGCAUUUAAAGAAAAAAAAAGAGAUAUGUAUUUCUGCAUUCCUGUUAUGAUCUUGCUAGUUUGCACAUCUCAGAAACCCCAUCUUAUUAGACUACUGCCAGCAACCUUCCAGAUGUCAUAGGGUUGAACUCUAAAGUAUUUAAUGUAAUCAUUAAUUAUUAUUUAAAUUAUAAGUAAGAUCAUUAAAUUAUUAGCAUAAAUCUUUCGGGUCACCUUUAGGUCUCUAUACGGGGUGUUUUGGUUUAUUUUGUAAAGUUGCUUUGGAAAAAACUGCAAAACCAAUCAAACUGACCCACUCUCAUUCCAUCUACAUUCACAUCUAUUCAAGCAGUGAAAGAAUGUGUUUCUGAAUGCAGGUGUACACCAGGAAACAAUCAGGUCAAAUAAUAAAUAAAUAAAAAUCUUGAUGUCACUUUAAAAUGAAAAACUGGUUUAAGCUAUAUUUGAGAAAUUACAAGUGGUUCCAAUAAUGAUCCACCCAGUUAUUAAUAAAGGCACUGAUGAGAUCGUGAGAUCAUCAUAUCUGCAGUUUGCUCUGCUGCAGCAUUUGACGUCAGGUAUAGAUAUUUCUCUUCUUUUCAUCACAUUGUGCUCUGAGUUUGGCUGUUUCUUAUUUUGUCAAAUUGGCCUUUUAUUGAAGUAUCUGUGAAUGUUUUAUCUGUUUGUUUUUCCAAAAUGUGCAAAAAAAAAAAAUUAAA